CGUCAUUAGCGUGCGACUCCAAGAUAAAAAACCGGUCUGGGCUACAAAAGCAUGGCAGCUGUUGAGGCGGCGGCGGUGGUGGUGUCGUCCUGUUUGAAACCAGACCCAGUCCCAGUCCCCGAAAGUGCAGGGACAGCUGCAGCAACGGCCGCCACAUCCUCAGCGAUGGCUGCAGCCGCGGUCGUUGCGGCCGCGGCCAGGACCGGAUCCGAAGCCAGGGUCUCCAAGCCCGCGUUGGCUACUAAGCUGCUGUCCCUGAGCGGCGUGUUCGCUGUGCACAAGCCCAAAGGGCCCACUUCAGCCGAGUUGCUGAAUCGGCUGAAGGAGAAGCUGCUGGCAGAAGCUGGAAUGCCUUCUCCAGAAUGGACCAAGAGGAAAAAGCAGACUUUGAAAAUUGGGCAUGGAGGGACCCUAGACAGUGCAGCCCGAGGAGUCCUGGUGGUUGGAAUUGGAAGGGGAACAAAAAUGUUGACCAGUAUGUUAUCAGGGUCCAAGAGAUAUGUUGCCAUUGGGGAACUGGGGAAGGCUACUGACACGCUAGAUUCUACAGGGAACGUAACAGAAGAAAAACCUUAUGAUAAAAUAACACAAGAAGAUAUUGAAAGCAUUCUACAGAAAUUCACUGGGAAUAUAAUGCAAGUACCUCCCCUAAUUAUUCUCUCUCGCUUUCUCAAUCUCUCUUUAUUCUUGCUCCCUUCUUCUCUCUUUGUCUCCCUCUUCUACUUUGCAAGCUAUUCUGCAUUAAAGAAAGAUGGCCAGAGACUUUCAACUUUGAUGAAGAGAGGUGAAGUAGUAGAAGCAAAGCCUGCCAGGCCAGUUACUGUAUACAGUCUCUCCCUUCAGAAAUUCCAGCCACCAUUUUUCACACUAGAUGUCGAAUGUGGAGGAGGUUUUUAUAUCAGAAGCUUGGUCAGUGACAUUGGCAAAGAACUCUCUUCCUGUGCCAAUGUGCUAGAGCUGACGCGAACCAAACAGGGACCAUUCACCCUGGAGGAGCAUGCCCUGCCCGAAGACAAAUGGACGAUUGAUGACAUUGCACAGUCUCUCGAGCGGUGCUCAUCUCUUCUCCCAGCAGAGCUGGCACUUAAAAAAUCAAAACCUGAGGAGUCUAAUGAGCAAGUUUUGAGCUGUGAGUAUAUAACUCUGAAUGAGACAAAGGGAGAAGACGAUGUAAUUAAGACACUUUAAGACUGGCUUGGGAUUGUUAUCAUUUCCUCAUUGACAUUUGAAUCCUGUGUGCAGAAUGACAGGCUUCGUGCAAAAGACAAAUGAUACCUAUGGGUUUUUUUCUUUUUUUGCAUGAAGAAAAAUGUCCAUCAUUUAUGGUUUCUAUGGUGCACAAUUUAUCUGCUGUACAUUAUAAAUAGCCCUGCAGUUGUUCAUUUCUUGUUGUACUAUAGAAUAUUGUCAUGCUGUUAGAUCGGAUUCAGGAGAAGCAACUUUCUGAUUUUGAUCUCUCUUAAAAGUCUUCUCCUAUGAAAAAGUUGACCAUAUUUUCUAAUCAGAGGGGAAUAACAAUGAGCUACAUGUUUCUUUGGUGUCAUGAAGUGAAUGUAUAUUUGUUUCUUUGACUUUAUUUUGGCUUCCUGGUGGCUCUGGUUAUUGAAACUCCAUAACUAUGUUUGAAAAAGCCAUUAUUUAACUCUUAUGUUUUAGAGAGUUUAUGAUUAUUAAGAACAUUUCUUUAAUAAUGUUAUACUUAUCUUGGUAAUAGCUGUGUUUGUUUAGAUCUUGGACACUAAUAAACUUUUAUAACAAAUAUUUGUAAAUGAACCAAAUUGUUGCUGCUUCCACUAAUGGAAUGUAAAGAGAAGACUAAAUGUUUAAUUAAAUUCACCUCUACUCCACCAUUAGCAUAGGACAGCUCCUAUGGCUUAUGUUUUGGCAGCUAUGAGAUGUUUUCCUGGUAAUCAAUACAGUCGACCACCCCGUGCCAAUAUACUAAAUAACCUAAUUUUUAAAAAUUAAGCUAAAGAAUGUGUCUUCAAUUAAAAACUUCUUUUCUUUAUUUUUUAGUAUUUAUUUAUACCUUUUUCUAGGGUAUCAAGCCCCUGGUAUUUUUUCAGUUUGCCUUUUCAAGUGAUGUUUACAAACGCUGAGGUUUGCCGUGUAUUUGCAGUUAUUCCCUUCUCUUUAAAUGUUGAAAAACAGUUGUUCUCAAACAUUUUCAUUCAAGUGGCCUACUGACAGGUCCCUGUCCCUCUUCACCAUAGUUUUGAAAACAGUCACAUUCCAAAAGAAUAAAUUUCAUGUAUAAUGAGUGCUUCAUAAUUUUGUUAUGGGAAAGCAAUAUAUAAUGCAGCCAGUCUGUUCAAAUCCCACUGCAUUUAUUCAAAUAAAUAUAGUUUCAAAGGGAAGAGCUGUUAAAUUUUCAUCAAAUAAGAAUUUUUAGAUUUUUAUGGAUUGUCUUUCUUGCAAAGGUAAUUGUUUUGUAACCUCUAACCUCGAAAUUUUAAAUAUGUAAAGAAAAAUGAUCGUAUUUGUGGUGAACCUCAUAUAAACUCAGUCUAAAAAGUUACAUGCUUCAGUAGAGCACUUGCAGCGUAUUGUCAACAUUUUAAAAACGGAACUUUCUUAAAUGACACAGAAAAUGAUAAGGAAAAGAGCUAGUUAUCAUAAUGCCUUAAAUAAAACUUCAGACAUACAGAGUUGUAAGUUGAGACUUUUACAGCUUUGCUUGUUUGUGUCCAGUGCCCUGCGUUUGUGUAACCAAAGGUGGUGGUGGUUGCCUCUUCCUGUUGGAAAGGGACAGGUCACAGCACGCCUUCGUACAUCGCCUGGUACGGAAUAGCAAGCACCUGGGGCAUCUUGGCUCUGUUUCUCAACUUAAAUUUUGGCAUGUAUAGUUUGCUAAUGGUAAAGAGUGUAAAUGUUUUGAAAAGACAAGUGACUUUCUGAAAUGGUAACCGAUCUUUUUCUUUUACUGAAACACUGAAGAAAAUUUUGCCAAAUGGAAAAGUUACCCAUAAUCGUCACCACCCUGCUGCAGUGACUUCAGAACGUUCAUUUUUGUAUUACUCUUUUUUUAACUAUUUUUUAUUUCAUAUUAUUUGACUAUUUGUAUUUAGUUUUGAUAAUGAUUAUUUAAUCUUUUUACUUUAUUUAAACCAUUUCCCUAUUGCUAAAUUCUUAGUUUAUUUUCAGUUUUAUUAGGAUAAGUUCCUGGAAGUAGAAGUAUUAAAUGAAGUAAUAUAAACAGUUUUAUGGUUCUUAAUAAGUUUGCCUUAUUGCUUUCCCAGAGAGUUGUAACAUUUUACAGUGUUACCAUUUGAGUAUAUCAGUUCACCAGAAGUUUACAGCUUUGGGUGGGGGUUUUAUAUGUUAUUGUUGCUAAUUUAGUAAGUUAAAAGAGUUCAAAAUUGCCAGUUUACCUCUGUGUGACUUUUUCAUAUACUUUGUCACUUGUAUAAAUAAAUGUCUUAAUGGUUUCUUUAUA